UCCAAAUUACCCGACAUUGGGGAAAUACUUCUUACCUGAACGACCAUAUGAUACAAUAUCUCUUCGGUUAGUUAGCGGGAUAUAUGGAUACCAAGUCUAGCUUGCAAAGAAUCAGAUGUGAUCCAUUUGAAGUUGAGCCACUUCCGAGACCAUUUUACCACCCAACAUUACAAAAACAACUCACAUCAGCUGAGAAGAAGGUUACUCUGAGUCCUGAACGGUUACAACAACUUCCACAUGAGAAAAAGCUGAGUCCGAAUGUUCGCAAGUUUUUGAAGGAAAGUAACAAGUAUUUAGAUAAGGAUCCACCUACAAGUGACACACCAAGCCCAAGGGACACAUCAUCAAAGUUUAAUGAAUCAUGGCCCUCGAGUGAACGGCCAUCCACACUGAGUGGCCCAAGUUUGCAUCAGUCUGAAUAUCUGAGUCCUAUCUUAGCUGAGCACCAUGAUCCUAGGGUAUCUGCACCCUCCAUGCAAGGUUCAACACUGGACACCAGGCAGGCCCAAUCCAGGUUAGAGGCUACCAUGGCUCAGCUGUCACCCCUCAAAGAAGAUGAUGAAAGAGACAGUGCACUUGCAAAGUACAUUCAAAGGUUUAGAUAUGGUAAACCCACAAGUCGCCAAGAUCGGGAGCACCACAAGAAAUCAGAACCUAAAGAUUUCUGGUGGCUUAAUUCACCACCAGAACCCUUGAAUUCCACAGGACCCAGUAGUAGCUCUACUCCUAAAGAUGACCAGUUAAAACAAAAGAAAGUGGCUCCAACAAAAGAUUCCCUUGCUGCAUGGAGAAAGCAAAGAUCCAAAUCAAAAGAGUUAAGCCCUUCCAGAAGCAAGCAAGGAUCUAGGCACACUUCAACAUCAUCAACAACCUCGAGCUCUAAGUUGUUUGUGCCUGGAGAUGAUGUGAAGACUAAAUGGAUUCAAGAACGUGCAGAUCAAUUAUUGGAGAGAAGUGAGAGUAGCCUUAAUUCAUCUGAUCCUGUGAUCAGUACAGAUGGUCUUGGUAGUUCACCCAGUGGAGCAAGCUUUGAGGAACAAUCAUACAGACCUGCAUUUACCAGGAUUUCAAAAGGUAAAGAAAAUGCAGUAUGUGAUCUACCUCUGAAAGAGAGACCUCAUAAGGAGGAUGAUAUACUGUAUCAGUGGCGGUUACGGAGGCGAAUUGAACAGGCACAACAAAGAACACAGGCCCACCAUGAUGCUAUAACACACAGUGACCCUAAUCAGUUGAGACAACAGAAUGGUGAUACAAUUGAUCAUAAACUAGCAGAGUUUAGGCAAAAGUUAGCUGAGGCCUCCCGUGGAUUUUCACAAUCUGGAACAGCAGUGACAUCUAGUGACAAAACUAAAAACCUGCCAUCUGUUGAGAAACUGGUGCAAACUGCAAAAGUCACAAUUGAAACUCAGACAUCUGACACAGUAGAGGCUGUUACUCAAACCAAUGGGGACCAGUCUAUCACCGUGCAAACCAGUGGUGAACCAACCACCACCAUGCAAUCUGAUAUUGCCAGAGCUGCAUAUACUGGACACACUACGCCAAAGUUGACCAGAGCACAGCCUGAAAUCACAAAGUCUCCACAUACCCCUAUAGCCAGUCCAUCCAUGUAUAGACACACAAGAUCAACUCAUGUCCAAUCUCCUAUAGCUAGUCCUGCUUUGAGACACAAAGGAGGUACCCACACAGACCCACAAUCCCCUGAGCCCCAUCGUCACCUUAUGUGUGAUAUUCUCCCAUGUCCCCACCAGAGUGAACAUUUAAGACAGAUAGGUGAAGAUAAUGAUUAUACAAGGGAAGCACAUGCGAGACAAAGGCCAUCAGAUGAGGCCUAUAUUGAACACUAUGAUAACACUGAAAGAGACCAUUAUUCACAGAGACAUGCACAAACACAAGGGAAAUACAAAGAGAGAAGCAAACAAAGAAGCUCAAAGAUCCAUAAACAUCAUGAAUGUGACACUGAUUCACUGGAGGAAAUACCCACUAGGCACAAGCAAGAUACAAGAAAUACAAAAUAUCAUGAAAGUGACCCAAAAGAAACUCUAAAUCCAAGUGUUUCCUCAAAAUCAAGGGAUACAAAACCAAGAGAUAAAAAUACAGGUAUAACAGAACCUCAUAAACAAUCUAGAAAAUCCAAUAGAACUAAUGAUAAAUACCAUAGGAGUAAAUCAAAACCUGUAGAAAAUAGACACAGUGUAGUUAGCUCAAGUAAUGAAUCACUAGAAGGCAUUUACCCACUAGAAGAAAGUGAUGGUUGCACAAGAUAUAAACCUUAUUCUAAAGAAAGUAGUCCAAGGAAUACCAGGCAUGUGCCUCGAAUUAAAAGGAAAAUUGCAUCUCCUGCUAGGACCAGGAGCCCUGUUGGGAGUGCUAUUGGACAGGUGGUAACUGAUCGCUUGUUUACAAGUGAUACAACUGUCAGAUCAAGUACUGAAAGUGAUAUUGAUUCCAACUCCCACACAGAGCAUAAUAGAAGUCCAACAUCCUCUGAUGGAGAGGAGGGGAAAGAUGAUGAAUUAUUACAGAUGCUCAGAAAAAGACGGGCACAAUUUGAAACUCAACUCAGGGAAAUAGAUGAAAUUCUGUCCAAGAUGAAUACUUCAUAGCAGUGAAACAUAUUGCAGAUCAUUUGCAAGCUUGGGGACAUUGCAUUGAAACUGAAGUCUUCGCAAAGAAUCUCCGCUUGCAACACAAAUGAUCAAAUGAAUAAUACCCGAUUGCAAAAUGUGAUGGAAUUCAACAUGAUGUUUAAAAUAACCCAGCAUGAUCCCCCAGGUGUUCAGAUGAUCAUCUCGGUGAUUUAAUGAAUCAAAGUGGAAGUUGAACCUCAAAAGUAGUGAAGACAUUUAAUGACUUACAAUUCAAUCUAGGUUCAAGAUAAACAUAUUGAAAACAUUUAAUGAAUUCUGUCAAAAUUCUAUUUAUUUGUACAUAAAGUUUAUCCAGUGAACUGAUAUCCUAGUACAAUAUAAUGAUAA